AGUCAUUAUCAUUGACGGUCGAACUCAUGUCGUUUUGAAAGGGACCGCUGUACAAUGGCUACAGUCGUCUCAGGGAACUCAUGCUCAUGUUGGGAAUGAAAACGAAGGUUUCUGUUUACUUAUAAAAAAUUUAUAAGUGUUGGAAAGAAAAUGUGGGUUUUUACUAUUGAACGGCUAAGAUGAUGAAUGAAGCAAGAAGUCAAAACCAUCAAACGACGUGGGAAGCGAAUGCCACGUAAAGUUAAGCUUGUUAACUUGCAUCUAUUUUUUUGGAAUGCUGCAAACAUCGACUACUCAUGGAAAAAGUCCAUCAGAGUACGAACGAAAAUCGACGACGUUUAGCUUCUCUGGAGUUUUGAAUUCGCUUGGGACGGUUGAUAAACUUCCAGAAUAUCAAUUUCGAUGGAAUUCUAACGAAGAAGUAUUUGUUAUUCUUACAAGCUUGGAACAUCACAAUAACUGGCUUCAAAAUGAGGUUAAAAUAAGGCCUCCAAAUGGCUCAAUUUUAUUAUACAACAGAAGUAACUUAAAGACGAAAUCCUAUCAAAAUGACAAAUACUUUUGGAAAACUAGAAAAAAUAGCAAGUCUUCAGCUAGAGUUGAUCAUUCAAGUCUUCGUAUUCGAGGCAUUGAGUGUAUUUAUUGUUCAUAUGUGCAUUCAGCACUGGUUCCCACCUUUCAUCGACGGUGCUAUUGGUUAUUAGAGAAUCCUGACAUUGUUCUUGUUCAUUAUCUCAAUAUACCUGAUAAAAAUAUAACUUUUGACAAUCUUGUUGUGUCUUUGCUACCUUACAAAGCAUUGAGUGAUCAAGAAUUGAAGAGUCAAUUGCAACCAAUUAUGGCUGUCAGAGGAGAUGUGGAAACUAAUCCUAUUACUGUUUUGUUUGAUGUGAAUAAGCUUGUAGCAUCGGUGAAAAACUAUAAAGAGCGAAAAACGAAAACAAGACGGACACAUAAAAAGGUGUCGGGAAACACUACGAAGAAAGAGUCGGCGUCUUUGACAGCAACUCGUUCAUUCCAUGAUUCUCCUCAAUUAAACAAAUGUGCUAAAUGUGACAGCUGCUACGCAGAGACUAAUUCCGUGUAUACGACGACUAAUUAUCCGCGAACCAAUGUAGCAGUUACUAUAAACAAACAGACUUCACGUGUAAAAUCACGUGAAGCAAAUCGUUCAAUUGACACAUUUUUGGAGCCAACAUCACGUAUUUCCGGCCAAGAAAAAUCAUUUUCUGAAAGACAGACUUUUCAUCAACAAAAUUCUUCAUUUGUUGACGAUAGUGCUGUGAUCGUAGAUCAAAGAGACUGCUUGCCUAACUCUGAAACUGAGUCACAUUCCAUGCAUAAGUAUCAAGAGGUUCUUGCUCUGCAGUCGUCUGGAAACAUAUGUACAGAAGAUCGCUUUCCUCGUUCUGACUACAACCUACCCCGAAAGCAAAUAAUAAGCACGUCCAGUAACAUACAUUGCCAUGAGAUUGGCCAAAAUCUCUUGAUAAAUUACCCUGUGACACGCGAUCAAAGCUUAUUGACGAACAAUAACGAAAAUUGUUCUUUACAAUUCGAUCAUGGCCCGUGCUGUUUUUAUUCCAGUAGUGAUCAAGCAUCUUCGGAAGCAAACACCGUUAUGUUGAAUGAUGAUUCAAUUGUAUUCGAUUACGAUGGAAUGAAUUUGAUUCAAAGCAACGAAGGUCGUAGCGAAUUUGAUGAUAAAUUAUUGAUAAGCGCUAACGAUGCUAAUAUAUUUGAAAAUGAAUUUCUGAACUUCGCACCUGCUAAUCUUCCAGAGCUUGAAGCUCACUUAAAAAAUAACCUUACCGUGAUCUCAUGUUCUUCGUCAUCAAAUACGUUUUCUUCGCCUGUCAUAUCACGUGACCUUAUCACCGCCUGCAACACUCCUCAAUUCCCAGCUCGAAAUAAUACAAUAUCACAAGGUUCUGCAAAAAAUUCAACUCUCUGCAGCAGUGAUGUUGUGGGCAGAACUGUUUGUAGUCCCACUGAAGUUAUAUCAACUGACUGUCAGGCAUUCGGCAAUUUUAUGAGUCCCAGUCCCCCUUCGCUAUUAAAUUUCACGGAAGUAGAGGAUAGUUUUGCUACUGAUGUUCAUCAAUGUACCUCUACAGCUCUUGGCAAUGAUCGUGGAAGAAAGGAAGAAUGUGUUUCAAAAGUUAAUUCUUGUGUUGACGGAACAAAUGAAGUCCCAUGCUCGUCUCACAAUGAUCUCAUUCACACCUCUCUUGAUACUGUCACAUUGAACUUGGACGAUUCACUGAUAAAAAACGAUGCGUCUUUGCCAAGCCCUGGUGAGUUUUCAAAUGCAAAUAACGUAAAUUCAUCCCAACUUGGUGAAGACCUUGCAAAAUCUUCUGUUCCAAAUUUUUCACAAAAUCUAAUUGCUGACUAUUCUCCGGAUUGGUCGUAUUGCGAAGGCGAAAGUAAAGUUUUAAUUUUGGGUGAUUGGUCUCAUGAAAAUGGCACAUAUUCCUGUCUAUUUGACGGUUGUUUUGUAGCAGCAACUAAAAUCCAGUCUGGUGUCUUGCGUUGCUUCUGUCCACCGCAUGAACCUGGACUUGUGUCUCUUCAAGUCGCGUGGAAUGGCAUCAUCAUCAGUAACACUUGUGUAUUUGAAUAUAGGCUGCGCGAAAGUGCCUCAACAUCCGCCUCUGAUUGGUUGACUUUAGGUGAAGAAAAUUUAACAAAGACGAUACUCAAGCAGAUUGAGAGACUUGAAAAGAUGUUGGGGAUAGUUGGUGAUGUUGAUGGAGAAGUGGUGAUGAAAAAAGAUGUAACGUAUGAAGAUAGGUUGUUUGAAAUAUGUCGUGCGCUUCUUGGAAAACCAGAGGCUAGGAAGCUUUCUGAUUUACCUAACGAUGGAAUAACAUUAUUACAUCUUGCUGCUGGUCUUGGAUAUACAAAACUUAUACACUUCCUCCGAACUUAUUCAUCGUCCCAGCUGGCGGUAAAUGCAGGAACCACUCACAAGUCUACAAUGUUUAAUAGAAAUAUUACCGAGUGGUCACCCACCACUACAGAUUCUUUUGGCCGAAUACCGUUGAUGUGGGCUUGCGCUCGUGGUCAUGAAGAUGCAGCUUUGGUGCUGCUAGAAUGGGAACCGUCUUCUUAUGCUAUAUGUGAUCAGUUUGGCUGGUCUGCUAAAACGAUCACAGAGAAACUGGGCAACAUUGCUUUGGUGGAGAAAAUGAAUACAUUUAUGUGUAAAAAAGACAUGAAUUCACUAAUUACGGAGAACUCGCCCCAGUCCCCCUGGAGCUCCUACGUCAAUCGCUCGGUCUCACCAAACGAGCAAACGCCUCUGUCGCCAAUGUCCACUGAUUCAUUGACAUGUGAACGUGUUGAUGGAGUAUCUGAGAAUACAGAGGGAUUUGAAGCAGCCAAUGUGACAUCAGACGAUCGACCUAAUACCCUCGGCAAAGUUCUAGUUGAAAUUCGCACCCUUAUUGAACAGGCUGAAGAAAGGUCAAGAUCUCCUCCCCAGACCUCUACCAAAUCUGCACCUUAUUCACUUACCUUUUCCCACUUCCCCGAUGUACAACAAGAUGAGCACAAUCAAGACAAAUGUAUUGCUUCAGAUGCAGAAUUUAGGCACCAUGUGCAACAUCUCGAUACUCUUUCAAUAGACUCAUCCCCAGUACUUACGCCGUCUUGUCAUUCACCUGUUUCUCCAGUUAUGAAGAGCUCAUCUUCAUCAACUGGGACAGAUACCUCUGAAUUCGAAGAGUUCUUAAGUAAACCCCGACAUUUCCUUGAAAGAGAUUUCUCCGAGUUAACUCUAACUGAUGUCGAACAAAAAGAACUUUUGCAAGCAGCCAAAGUUAUUCAAAAUGCUUAUAGACAGUUCAAGAUUCGUAAGAAACAACACAUUGACGAGUUAGAAGCGGCUGUUCUCAUUCAAAGUUAUUAUCGUCGUUAUAAACAGUUUGCCUUGUAUAAAAAAAUGACGAAAGCGGCAGUUUUCAUUCAGAACAGUUAUCGCGCCCGCAAAGAACACGAGCAAUUUAAACGUAGUCGACAUGCAGCAUCCGUCAUACAAACGUAUUUUAGAGAUUAUCGUAAGAGAAAGCAGAGACAUGCAGAAGAAGAUUCGCCUUUCAAGAGACUGGAAACUAAAUAUAGAAAAUCAUCCUCCAAUAGUUAGGCGUCAUUUGUGAAAUAUUUCAAUCAUGAAAAAGAUGUGUUGCUUACAAUGUUUCAGACCUGUGUGUACAAAAAUUAAGUAUGUUAAAUAUUUCUUUGAAAUGUAGGUAUUUCUAUGCUUAUCUAUUUAUAUAUUUAUCAAAUAAUUUAAUGUACAUAUCGACUUUAUUGGUAUUGUAUAUGGUACAGAUAUUUGUGUUGACAUAAAUUUAUUUAUUGUGUGAAUAGUAAUUAUUCUAAAAUAAUUAUUGAGGUAUAUUACUUCAUUAAACAUUUAACUUGUGUGUUGCUAA